GUUACGAACCGCCAUCAUCGCCGUUGAAGCCCUGCACGACGUCGACACGAUGGCGCCGCCGCCGAAUCUGACGUCCCUCUUGAACUCCCUACAUACCCAUCUACAAACGCAAACGCAGCUCCUGCCAACGCUCCAUCACCAGCUCGGGCUCGCUUCAAAUGCUUUGGAGGAGGAGCUUACGAAAUUGCAAGCACAACUUCUGGCGCAGGUCGAGGAGCUCGUGCACUCGCGGCAGAAGGAGGUCGAGGAAUGGGUCGACCGGUGCGAGCAGGUUGAGGAUGCGUGCAUACGAUAUUCGAAGGCUUUGGGAGGAAAUGUGAAGGCUACAGGAAGCUGUGUGGGUGAGAUACGGAAGGAGAAGGUACUGCCGAAGAGGUAUGAGAUGAUAACAGAACAUCAGGAGAAACUACGACAGCUCUAUCACACCAAGCUUGAGCAGUUGACGACACUCACCAAUCGCAUCACCAACUUGUCGCGAAUACUGGGACCCCACUUCUAUGCUCACGAUAUCACGACUCCAGCCCCUGCCCCAGGCGAAGACGGGACGGAUCCGGAGUGCAACAAGGACGUGUCGCCGGAGCGUUUCUCCAAGCUGGAGAAAGAGCUAGUACGAGGCAAGGGCGAAGUGACCAAGCGUCUCGCGCAACUAGCCGGUAUCUUCGCGCAGAUCGACUGGCUCUACACCGAGCUCGGCAUGAACCCCCCAAUGCUCGAAGACCUCUCCAUGUCCACCUCCAACAGCGUCUCAACCCCCACCCGCUCCCCCGACAGCGACCCCUUCCUCGUCUCCACGCCCACCCCCAUCACCCGCUCCACCCACGCCGCCACGCCCAUGCUCAUUCUCCCCGAGAACGACGAACGCGAGUACCAGCGCAUCUUCGCCAACUACCUCGCGCGCGUCGAGGAGGCCGAGGAGGAAUGCCUCCCCGAGAGCGUCACCCUCGAGAACGUCGAGCCCUCGCCGGGUCUCCUGGAGUGGGCUACCUCGAUGCAGGCGUCGCUGGAGGACCUGAAGCGGCGUCGGGAGACGCAUAUCCAGGCGAUGUACGACCAGCUGGAGGGGCUGUGGCGGAGGCUGGGCGUGGAGGAGGCGGACAUGGACGCGUUUGUGGAGGCGCAUCGGGGGAGCACGGAGGAGACGGUGCGCAAGUACGAGGAGGAAUUGGAGCGGAUGCUCGAGCUGAAGCGCGAGCGGAUGAGCACAUUCAUUUUGUCUGCACGCGAGGAAAUCAUGCGGCUGUGGGACGAGAUCAUGUUGAGCGCGGACGAGAGGGAGGAUUUUGCGCCGUUCUAUGAUGACGAACACACCGAGGAACUGCUCACCCUGCACGAGGACGAGAUCAAGCGCCUGCGCGAAGAGCGACGUCUGAAAGCACCCUUGCUCGCCAGCAUCAAGAAGUACUUCCAGAUCUGCGACGAGGAGAAGGAGCUCGCUGCGGCGGCGACGGACCAGACACGGCUUCUGGGUCGUGGUGCCAGGGAUCCCGGCCGUUUGCUGCGCGAGGAGAAGAUGAGGAAGAGAGUAUCGAAGGAGAAGCCGAGGCUCGAACAGGACCUCCUUGCCUCCAUCCCUGUCUGGGAAGAAGAGGCCGGCCGCCCCUUCCUCGUGCACGGUGAGAGCAUCAUGCAGCUUCUCCUCGCCUCGGCGAGCGUCGCCGACCAGGAGAACAAGCGCAAGGGCGGGCAGCGGCCGGGCGGUGUGCCGAGAGCGGGUGGUGGCUCGGCGUCGUCGCGCGCGACGACGCCGACAGAGAGCUCGCACGGAUACGACCCGCGCGCGCGCACGGGCGUCGUGACACCCGCUGUCCGCGCCGGCUCGUCGAUGAGCGGCGCGCACUCGGUGCCGAAUAAGCGGCAGAGGACGGAGGCGACGCCGAGCUAUAGUAGCAGCAAGCGCCCGCCGCUGGGUGCGCAUCGGGGGACGAAUGCGCUGGCUACUUCUCAGGGGCACUCCACUGCACAGCACGGCGCUUCACAACACGGCGCUUCACAGCUCUCCACCUCUCAGCGCGCGCAGUCGCCGACGAAGAUCGCGAAGAUGUCCAUGUCCUCCCUCCCGCGGCCCGUGCCAUCGAUGGUCGUGCCCAAGCCCGGGACGGCGCACCAUGCGCUGGGUCAUGGGCGUAUUCCCAGUACGGUCGUGCUCACGCAGUCGUCGGGCUUCGGGCGCAGUCUGUCGACAUCGACGUCGUCCUAUGCGACAUCGACGUCGGGGUACGCAACGUCGACAUCGGGAUACGCGACAUCCACCUCCUCCUAUGCGUCGUCGGCGUACGCGGCGAAGAAGAAGGCGGCGCGUGUACGGCGAGAGAGCUUCAAGCCACGACCGUCGUCGGAGGGCGCGCCCCUGCUUGACGCGAGGUUCACGUUCCGCGCAGGCGUGUCCGUGAAGGAGGAGGAGGAGGAUUACUGAGAGGCCCUCGCUCAUUGAGGCUCUCAUUUUUGUUGAGGCGCCGAUUGGCGAGUGCACUGCACGACGACCUGGUCUCCAUGGACGACGGCCUGGUCUCCGUGGACGACGGCUUGGUCUACAUGGACGACGACCUUUUACGACCCCUUAUGCGUCUCCCCUGCCCUUUGUUAUGUAUAUCUAUCGCCCUGCGCUCCUUAGGACGGCGGGGAUCCUCCAUCUACGUGUUACUCGUGAAGUUUAUGCUUGUACAAUAGGUGCAUGUCCACCGUUCUAACCCAUAGAUCGUACCUUCGAAUUUCUACCAUCCACAUUGAAUGUCGACGCUGGUUUUCGUUGGCAAGAAACUUCCUUGAGCUUCAUGAUGAAGGAAUUCCUCC